CGCCACCCUGGCAACGGUGGCCCCCGCCGCUACAAGCACUUUGACUGGCUCUACGGGCGGCUGGCCGAGAAGUUCCCUGUCAUCUCUGUGCCCCACUUGCCGGAGAAGCAGGCCACUGGCCGCUUCGAGGAGGACUUCAUCUCCAAACGUCGCAAAGGUCUGGCCUGGUGGAUGGACCACAUGUGCAGCCACCCUGUGCUGGCUCAGUGCGAUGCCUUCCAGCACUUCCUCACCUGUCCCAGCACGGAUGAGAAGGCCUGGAAACAAGGCAAGCGUAAGGCUGAGAAGGAUGAGAUGGUGGGUGCAAACUUUUUCCUGACCAUCAGUGUCCCCACUGGCCCUGGGGCCGGCCUGGACUUGCAGGAGGUGGAAAGCCAGGUGGAUGGCUUCAAAGCCUUCAUGAAGAAGAUGGAUGAGAGCGCCCUGCAGCUUAAUCACACAGCCAAUGAGUUUGCCCGCAAACAAGUCACUGGUUUCAAGAAGGAAUACCAGAAGGUGGGGCACUCCUUUAAGUGCCUUAGUCAGGCAUUUGAGCUGGACCAGCACGCCUUUUCGGCUGGCCUCAACCAAGCCAUAGCCUUCACUGCAGAAGCCUAUGAUGCCAUUGGGGACCUCUUUGCAGAUCAGCCCCGGCAGGACCUAGAUGCUGUGAUGGAUUUGUUAGCGCUGUAUCAGGGGCAUUUGGCCAACUUUCCAGACAUUAUCCACGUCCAGAAAG